GAUUGACAGCAGCUGCUGACGUUGUUACUUAAAGCAGCAGCGGUCGACGUUCGCUGGUUUUUAAAAAGAAAGUUCAGUCGGUCUAAUUAAUUUGCUCCCCUUUACUCCAUCCUCUACAAAAAAAAAAUAUUCGCGCACACAAAAUAUAUGUCAUUCAUCAAAUCUUUACCAUCUAUGACGGUGUAUUAUUAUUUGAUGAACAACUCGGGUUUCCAACAACUCACUCACUGGUUUACCACAUUUCUGACUGUGAUAAUAAGAAGGGAGCAUCUGUAACUUGGUGCAGAACCAAUAUCACAGACACAUUCAGCGCUGAGUUGCUGAAGCAGAAAUAGUGUUACAGCAAAUAUCCUACUCAAUACCACAGAAAACAUCACAAUUGGCUGAUAUCUGGUUUUUGAAAUCUCUGAUAGAGUUUGCAAUAUGUUGCAUCUACCUAAGGCUCUGAGGCUGACAUCUCGUUGCCGUAGCAAAAGUUUGUCAAGACUCAGCUCCUGUUCUGCUGUGGCCGAUGCCUCUGUCUUAAGCGCCUGCAGGAUUUCCUCUACAGACCAAGGUCAGAGGGUGCUCUACAGUUCGGCUGCACAAGCCAAUCUAAAGAAGCAGCGUAAUGAUGACAAAACUUCAAACACUAAACAAGACUCCAGCAAGCGGAAGAAGAUGUCUUUGGUGAUAUUUGACAAAGAUGGUACCUUAAUCUGCUUCCAGUCGAUGUGGGUACCUUGGGCUAAGAAUUUGGCUGAAAAGUUAUCAAAUGCUACUGGUCUUCCGCUCCAGAAGAAAGUCUAUGAUAUGUUGGGCUACUGCACACUCUCCAAUAAAGUAGUACCUGGGCUGUUGGCAGAGGCAACUGGUCCAAUAAUUAAGGAAGAGUUAAUAAAGUUAUUGAUAAAAGAAGGGUUUUCAUUGCAACGAGCUGAAGAGCUAGUUGAUGAGAAUUUAGAUCAUGGCGACAACAAGAACCCAGAAACAAUGCGAUCUUUGGCUGAUUUGCAAAUCCUUUUCAAAGUUCUUAAACAAAAGCAAGUGAAAGUUGCUAUUUGCACGGCAGAUUCUAGAAAACCUACUGAAGAACUUCUUGAAAUCUUAAACCUGUCCAAAAACGUCGAUCUCAUCGUAUGUGGAGACGAUGCUUUGUCAGAACCCAAACCAUCUCCACAUAAUGCUUUGAUGAUUUGCAAGAAGUUGAGAGUGGAUCCAUCUGAGGCUGUCAUGGUUGGAGACACUAAAGUAGAUGUCAUGAUGGGGAGGGCAGCCAAUCUUGGCUUAAGUGUUGGGGUAUUGAGUGGUGUGGGCGGUAAGACUGAUUUGCAGCCUAAUGCUGACCAUAUCAUUCAAAAUGUUCAGGACUUGCUACCAUUGAUAAUGCCGACAGAGGAAUGGAAAGACUGUUACGUAUAUUCGACUGAACGCAUCCUAAUCGAACGUCAUUUUGGGGAAGAGGAAAGUCUUGGAGAAAAUUUACCUGAGCAGAAGGUUUCGUUAGCCAUUAUUGAUUUGCAUGGUACCUUAGUCUGUUCCGAAGCUGUUUGGUUAAAUUGGACAAAACAAAUUGCUAAAAGGCUCGAAGAACUAACACACAUGGAACUAAUGGAAGAGGUUUAUUCACGCCUUGGAAUUUGUAAAAUAUCUCUUAAGGUGAAGCAUGGUAUCCUUGCGGAACGUCCCAAAGCCGAGAUUAAAGAUGCUCUAAAGUCACUUCUUCGAGAACAAGGUCUUGGUUAUGAAGAAUCAUUAGUGACUGUUAAUCAGGCAUGGAAAGACUGUAAGAACUCAUUGUAUGGAGAUCUGAAAGUUCUGGGAGACCUUCAGCAUCUUUUCAAAACUUUGAAGCGAAAUAAAAUCAAGAUUGCUAUCAUGUCACAAGAUGCACGCGAGGAAACCUUCAAGAUACUCGACCGAUUCAGCUUAAUGAAGUAUGUGGAUAUGAUGGUGUGUGGAGACGACAGCAACUCCGAAGUCAACGCAACAUCCUUGAUCUGUAAUGAACUGGGUGUCACCCCUUCAGAGGCAAUAGUGGUGAGUGACUGUGCUAAAAACCUCAACUCUGGAAAAAAGGCCCAUGUACAGGCAAGCAUUGGGGUUCUUAGUGGCACUGGUUCGAAAGCUGAGCUUGCACCCCACGCUGAUCACAUACUACCCACUGCCUGGGACCUUCUUGAUCCAGUCUCUGACAUUAAAAUUAUCAAAUCUCCUCAGCCCUCCAACAAAAAAGCCCUGCCGAUAAACCCUGGUAUGUUGACUGCCCACUGCCAUCAUCGACCUCCUUUCUCAGGCAGCCAAUCGACUGGUCGUUAUUUUAGUACAUCUUCAAAAGACUCAGUGACAGCCACCAAGGAAUAUAGUUACGUUGUUGUUGGGGCCGGGUCUGCAGGGUGUGUCCUCAGUAAUCGCCUUACAGAAGAUGCUGACAAUACUGUACUUCUAUUGGAAGCUGGUCCAAAGGACUAUACUUGGAAGAUCCACAUGCCCGCAGCUCUGAUGUACAACCUAUGUGAUGAUAAAUAUAAUUGGUACUACAUGACAGAACCGGAAAGAGGCAUGGACAACCGAGUAAUGUAUUGGCCAAGGGGCCGUGUUUGGGGUGGGUCAUCUUCUCUAAAUGCAAUGGUGUAUAUUCGGGGUCAUGCUCUUGAUUAUGACCGAUGGGAAAAGGAAGGGGCUUUAAACUGGUCAUAUGCAGACUGUUUACCUUAUUUCCGCAAAUCUCAGACACAUGAACUGGGUCCUGAUGAAUAUCGGGGAGGAGAAGGGCCCUUGCAUGUAUCUCGGGGUAAGACUAAUAAUGAGCUGCACCAGGCUUUCAUUGAUGCUGGUGUUCAAGCUGGUUACCCCUUCACUGAUGAUAUGAAUGGCUACCAGCAAGAAGGAUUUGGUUGGAUGGACAUGACUGUUCACAAGGGUAAGAGGUGGAGUACAGCUAGUGCUUACCUGAGGAAGUCGUUAAAAAGACCAAACCUAGACACUGAAGUAAAUGCAUUUGCCAAGAGGAUCCUUUUCGAAGGUAACAAAGCAGUUGGCAUUGAGUACGAACAGAAAGGUGUCAUUCACCAAGUAAGGGCCAACAAGGAAGUGAUUCUAAGUGGUGGUGCUAUCAAUUCCCCACAACUUCUCAUGCUUUCUGGUAUUGGCAAUGCUGAUGACCUUAAAAAACUGGACAUUCCAAUUGUUAAUCAUUUACCUGGCGUAGGCUCAAAUCUUCAGGAUCAUCUUGAAGUCUAUAUUCAACAGAAAUGUCUUAAACCAAUCACAUUGUACAAAGCACAAUGGAAAUUUCCACAUGUCAUGAUCAAAACUGGACUUCAAUGGUUUCUGACUUUUACAGGUGAUGGUGCUACAUCUCAUUUAGAAUCUGGAGGUUUCAUUCGCAGUAGACCUGGUUUAGAACAUCCAGAUAUUCAAUUCCACUUUCUGCCAUCUACUGUUAAUGAUCAUGGACGCAAAGUAGGCCCAUGCCAUGCUUAUCAAGUUCAUGUGGGUCCUAUGAGACCUACAAGUAGGGGCUAUAUGAAAUUGAAGUCUAAAGACCCUAAGGUUCAUCCAGUUAUAGUUGCUAACUACCUUACAACUGAACAAGAUGUAGUAGAUAUGAGAGAUAAUGUCAAACUCUCAAGAGAGAUAUUUGCACAGAAAGCAUUUGAUCCUUAUAGAGGUGAGGAACUAGCUCCUGGUCCCAAUGUCCAAAGUGAUAAACAAAUCGAUGCAUAUAUCCGUCAGAUGUCUGACAGUGCCUAUCACCCAUCUUGUACGUGCAAGAUGGGAGAUCCAUCAGAUAAUAUGGCUGUGGUCGGCCCUGACACUAAAGUCUAUGGAAUUGAGAAUCUUCGUGUCGUAGAUGCCUCAAUCAUGCCCAGUGUAGUCAGUGGCAACUUAAACGGUCCAACUUGCAUGCUUGCUGAAAAAGCAGCAGAUAUCAUUCGGAAUCGGCCAGCACUUCCUAAAUCAACAGCCCCAGUCUGGCAGCCCAAAUCAUUAGAUACCCAACGAUAACUCAUGCUAUCCCCACUCCUUUCACUCCCUUUCAUGUUAUGUUUCCUUUUCUCUUGUCUAAAGGAUUAUAACUUUGCUGCUAUGCAGCAACCAAUGUAUUCUAAUUGUAAAUAUAUAUAAUAUAUAUAUAUAUACAUAUAUAUGUGUGUAUAUAUAAAUAUUCUGUUUUGCAUUUUUUAAUUGUUUUUUUUACAAGAAGACUGUCAUCUUUUUCUGUGUAUUAAAGUAUUCACCUUUACAAAGCUUGUUAGUUAUAAACUCAUGUUCAUUUUAUUUCUACACCCACCUGUCUCUCUAUUCUCUUCCCCUGUAAUGAAAAAGAACAAAUCUGUUGUGAGAAAUUUGGGAAUUUGAUGUCUUGCUCUUUUAGUUUAACCAUCCAUUCCUCAACCAUUUCUUUCUUCCUAUUUUAUUAAAUGAUUCCCUUUUUUUUAAAAUUUCUUAGCAGUAUUAAUUAUUUUAACAUUCUUUUUAAAGAAAACCAUAUUAAAAUUCUUCAUUUACUUCAGAGAUUCUAACUGCCCUUCUUUAACAAUUCCAACAGUUUAGACCAAUUUCCAAAUUUUUCAAAGGAACAAAAAGUUUACAUGAAUUAGAUAACAGCAAAAAAUUGUAAAAGUUUGUAUUGAAAUUUGAUUCAUUUGCAAAAGAAAAUUAAUAAAUUGCAUUUACCUGU